AUGGUGGCUGGGCUUGCGCGGGGUGCCAAAGCUCAGAGCGGGGGCGGCUACGAUUCCUGCUGGAAGCGCUGGAAGGUUCGCGACGCCGCGAAGUCCACGAACCACAGCUCGGCCAACGCCCAGGGCGAUGCGGGCGCCGAGGACGCCACCAAAGCUAAGCUCAAGAGGUUACGGGGGCGCCUGGCUGACCUUCGGCGGCAAGCAGAGAACCCAGACUUGGCGACGCACGUCCAGGGCACCAUCACCACCAUUCAGGAAGAAGUUGAUGAGUUGCAGGCAGCUGCUGAUGCAGGCAGCGACGCACCGCGUUGUUUCUCCGAGAACAAGACGCAGGGGCAGCGCGGCCGCACCGAAGAGCGAGCGGAGAAGCAGGGGCAGAAGAUCAAGGAGGCCCAGGAGAAGCUUGACAAGGAACAGGCUCUCCUGGCCCGGCAGGGCGACAAGCUGCAGAAACAGAACGCCCGCAUCGAGGAGCUCAGCAUGCCCAAAGCAGGGCAGGGCUGGGUCGCGGCGGUCUCAUUCCUGGAGCAGGCCACUAAAUUCUUGCGCGACCAGGGCGCCGACCCCAAGCUCAGCGAGGCCCUCCGCUACGCCAAGCAGGAGCAAGCAGCCAAGAAGGAGGCCGACGCCGCGCGCGAGGCCGCCAAAGAUGCCAAAGACAAGGGCGCCGGCGAGCAGCAGGUCAUCAAGAUCAUGCAGGACGCAGGCUGCGCGCGCGAGCAGAUCGAGCGCCGCGCGGAGGGCGGGCAGGGGUUCAUCGCCGUCAGCGCGAACUCCAUCGGCACGCUGGAGCGCGCCAUGCGCUCCAUCAGGUACACCAACAAGUUCCCCGUCAUCAUGGCGCAGGAGUUGCAGGCCAAUGAGCACGGCAUCGCCUGCUUCACGCAACGCAUGCAGAAGGAAGGAUGGAGGCUGGGCAUCUCGCCCAGCGUCCGCGCGGCGAGCGGGGGCUGGAGCGAAGGGGUGCUCCUGGCGACCGGUCGCCCCAACGACAUGUGCUACGCCAGGGGCCUCGACACGUGGGGCAUCUCGCCCCGCGAGUCCAACGGCCGCUUCGCGAUCGGCUGGGUCGACGCCCUCGGCAAGCAGGGCGUCGCCAUCGGCGCGGCCUACCUAUGGGUCAGCGAGGGAAUGACCGACCGCAACAAGGCCAUCCUGCGGAACUUCACCACGGCUGCUAUGGCGGUGGGGAAGUACUGGAUCCUGGGCGGCGGCUUCAACAUGGACCCCGCCGGGCUACAGCAGACAGGGGUGGUCGACAGGAAGGAAGGGAUCAUCGCGUUCGACACUUCCCGCGGGUCGUGCGUCUGUCUGGGCGAGGCGCGGCGCCGCGACUACUUCAUCUCGAAGACGCUCCUGGACGGCCCGCCCCAUUUGGCAGUGCAGGACCAGCACAGCCAGGGGGAGGUGGGCAGCUACUGGAGCAACCUGGCCAACACGUACGAGGAGCACCUCAACGAGCACUUCAACUACGUCGGCCUGGAGUGGCACGAUCGCAAGGGCCACCUGCAGGCCCCCACCUGCGCCUGGGGGCAGCUCAAGCUGUCCAAGGUGUGCGAGGCCGGGCGCGAGCAGCAGUGGGCGGAAGCAGCAGAAUGGCUGGGGCGCAGACUCGAGCUUAUCAGCACCGCGGUGCGAGCGUGGCGGCGCAACGGCAAGCAGGAGACGCUGUGCCGGGCGCAGUGCAACGCCAAUGGCAUCCUUGAGAAGGACAUCAUCGAGCCGCGCCUCGAGCGGCGCCACCCGGCCUGGAGCGACGAGCCCGACCAGGAGCGCGCCGCGGACGGGCGCGAGAACGGGGGCGACAUCGGCGACCACGUCGAUGUCGACGCAGAGCGCGAGAACGACAGCGUCGGCGCCGAGGACUGCCUGUCGGUUGGGGCGGAAGCGGCAGGAGAGCGCCGCCUACCGACGGGGCGGGGGCACUGGACGGACAUCGAUUGGAGCAAGUUGGCGAACGCCAUCGCCUGGAUCGGGGCGGCGAACAUCACCGAGCGGGGCCUGCACCGCGUGGAUUGCGCGGCCAAGCUCACGACGGUCGCCAGCCAACGCAUGUGGCGGCGAGUGCAACGGGAAGCAGCAAGAGGUCGGCGGCGCUGGGUGGCCAAGCACAGCCAGGCGGGAGCGGGGGCACUGCGCAAGUGGACGAAGCCGCCAGUCCCGUGGGGACCGAUCAAGCCGACCGAGCACCACAACCAGCAGGAGCUCACGCACCCGCAGGUUGCCGCGGACGCGGCGCUGGAGGGCUGGGAGACGGUCUGGGCGGACAGCCAUGACGCCAGCGAGCUGCGGUGCCAGCCUCCCAGUGACGACGAGUGGCGAGAGCACGCAGUUCCGCGGAUCACACCGAGGGACAUCAUCGAGGCCGCCACCCUCUUCUACCUGAAACCGAAGGCAGCAGGGGGCUUCCGCAACCUGGGCCUCGUCCCCGAGCUGGCGCGCGUGUGGGGGACCACCCGCAUUCCUUGCGCCAGGCGCUGGGAGUACGCGGUGACCUACUUCGACCUUGUCAAGUGCUUCGAGCGGGCCACGCAUCGGAAGGUAUGGGAGGCAACACGGAGCUGGGGCUUCAACCCCGUCAUCGUGCGCACCGUCUUCAAGAUAUACGGCACGGUGGGGCGCGCCGUCCUGGGUGGGUGCUGCGCCGAGGGCAGGUUCCCGCGGGCGGACACGUGCCUGUUCUUCGGCGACCUCGCCAUGGCCACGCGCGGCAUCCGCGAGUUCGUCGACCACUUCCACCCACUGCCCGUCGCGGCCGUGGUAUACAUGUUCGCGGCGGAGCUGGACAUGGCCCUCUCGAGGGGCGCGGAGGGCAAGACGGUCACCCUGACGUCCUCCGCCGCGCUGGGACAGAACAUCAACGCGAACGCCAGGCGCCUCGGCGUGAGAGUGGUGAAGCACGAGAAGCACCUGGGAGAGGGGCGGCGCAGAUGCAGACAAGCCAAAGUGCCAGCGCUCCUCUACGGCUCCACCAUCGUCGGCACCGCAGACUCCAAGCUCAAUGAGUUGAGGAAGAGCGCGGCGACGGCGAUGGAGGGCAACACCAAGGGCAGGUCUACUGCCCUCAAAGACCGAGUCGACAGAGCCGACCCAGGCAACCUGGUCAACAGCGGCCCCAUUAUCGCCUGGGCGACGGCGUGGCAGGAGGCGCUCGAGGACGCGCAGCUGGCCGAGCGGCUCCACAGCGCGUGGCGCACCUCGGUGAUGAAGAUCUACAAGUGCAGGGCCCCCUGGCUCACAGCACGGGGGCCCGCUGGAGCAUUCGCGGCGACGGUGAAGCGCUUCGGCUGGAUGACGCAGGCCGCGCACUCAGUAACAAUCGAUGGCGCGGCUCUCGACCUGCGCUUCGCCAAGCUGCGCGUCGUCCGCACCGCGGAGCUGCAACUGAAGGGCGAGUGGGUGAAGCAGUGCGGCCACCAGUACGGCAUCACCUCCAUCUUCCUAGAGUGGCACCUGACAGCGCGCGCAGGGCGCGCGGGCUGGCACCUAGCACCAAUAGACAUCGAACUUUCGCGUGCCCCGCGCGCCAGCGGCGCCGAGGCGUGGUCGGGGGCCCACGCAUUCAACAGCGAGGAGCAAACCCAUGGCCUGGCCCAGGGGCUGAAGGAAAUUGGGGGGGGGGGGGGCAUCAUGGCGGACCCGGCCGUCGAAUUGAGGCUCUGGGACUUGGCGUCGUGCGACGACUGGCUUGCCGAGGGCAACUGGGGCGGCCUGGCGACGGGGGACAUCUACGUGGACGGUUCGCUGCAGUUCGGCGACUGCCCAGCACUGCGACGAGGCGGCUGGAGCUUCACCAAGCUCAAAGGCAACGACGAGUACGAGAUGGACUGCGUGUGCUACGGGCCGCUCCCUGGCACGCAGUGGAUCCAGAGCGUCCCGAGGGCGGAGCUCUACGCGCUGCUGCAGGCGCUGACAGUGGGCACGCCACCGAUCAUAAUUCAUACCGAUUGCCAGAACGUCGUCGACGGCGCGCAGGCAGGACCGACGUGGCUCGGCAAGAGGAGCCGCCCGCACCUUGACAUUUGGGAGCGCAUCUUCGAGGCCAUCGCCGAGCACGGCGGCCUGAGCCCGCGCGCCGUCAUGGACCAUUGCAUCCUCAUCGGCAGGGGCCGCACCGCGCUGCGCCGGGAGCCCUACGACCUCCCCAGCGGCUGCCUCGUCUUCGUGCAGCAGCCCGCGCGCCCGAGCGGCGACGGGAGCCUGCGCUUCAGUUUGCUCGUGGACGACGUCACCCCGAAGUUCGACGGGCUCCCGUUGAUGGGGUUCACGCGGCGGGAGCCGCUGGACGCCAUCGAGUGCUACCCUUGCCAGGCGCAGUGCCUCGCGCAGAGCGUGAGCAUCGGGCGCAACGGGGAGGCGUUUGCGCGGGACCAGAGCACGCACCUGACCAUGGGGUUCAAGCAGCCCCCUCUGGAGGAGCUGAUGAGCUGGUGCAUGGACUCCGACAAGCCGCCGCACCUGCGCCGCGCGCCCUGCCGCCCCGCGCCGGGCGACACGCUCGAGGUCGUGUGGGGCGUGGACGGCACGUUGUCGAUGCUCCACGACGGCACCGUCGUGCUUUCCUUCGACACCGGCCGGCGCCCGGAUCGGCGGGCGCACUACUACGGCUUUGUGGAUGUGUGCCUCUCCGUGUCGCAGGUGACGCUGCUGCCCUCCGAGCGUUGCCCCACGGGCAGCCCGACGGCAACGUCCUCCGAAGCCCACACGGCUUCUCAGAACUUGUACCAGGAGCUCGCCUACGUUGUCGUUACGUCGCCGACGUCGGCAAGCGUCCUCGACAUGUUCACCUCUCCAUAUGGCAUCCUGAUCAAUGUCGCGGUGAUUCCUGCACCCACCUAUGCCCAGCAACAUACCAAACUUAAUUAUGCAAUUAAGAUCGCCAUUGCCCUUCCCCACUGCCUGGAAGGUUGGAAGGUGUAG